AUCACUAAGCACCGCCAACUUUUUCGCCCGCCUUGUCUUUCUUUCCCUUCCUCUCCCUCUCCUCCGCCAGUCUUCACACUCUUCUUGUCUUGGUCGCAAAAGGUCUCCGAGAGCGUCCGGCUCUUCUUCUCUUCUCUCAGCGGCCUGCGCUUCCGCGUCCGUUCUUUCUCCCCCAGUCCUCCAUUCCUGCAAUUCGCUGCCAGUUGCUCCGAUCAGCCCUCCGUCUCCACAAAAAAACCCCCCCCCCUCCCCCAAAAUGUCUGACGCCCAGCAAUCGCAAGCCUCGGGACCCCAAGGUCCUAGCCGUGGUGGUCGUCGCCGGGGCCGAGGAGGAGCUCGUCAAACCGGACAGCCCGGAGAUUCGCCCAGCUCGACCGAUGGCUCCGGUCGGGGAGGGCGAUCCAGGGGCUCAGGACCCCGCCGAGGGGGAAGUGGACGCGACAGGCAAAACCACACCGGCGCCAAAGCUGACGCUCCGCAAGAAAGCGAGGCGCCUGCGUCCACCGCACCAAGCGCAGGAAAGACCAAGCCCACCCCCGAGGCGGCGACCGACGAUGCGGAUGACGGCGAGGUCUGCUUCAUCUGUGCGUCCGCCGUCGAGCACACCUCGGUGUCGCCGUGCAAUCACCGGACUUGCCACAUCUGCGCCAUCAGACUGCGAGCGCUGUACAAAAACAAGGCCUGCGCACAUUGUCGGACGGAAUCCAAUUACGUGAUCUUCACGGAUGAUCCUGCAAAGCGUUUCGAGGACUUCACCGACAGAGACUUCUCCCGGAAAGAUGAUAACCUGGGCAUUGAAUACGAGAAUGAUGAGAUCUUCGAGGAUACGGUCUUGUUGCUACGAUACAACUGCCCCGACACCGGCUGCGACGUGGCAUGCUUAGGCUGGCCCGACCUGCAUCGUCACGUCAAAAGCAAGCAUGGCAAAGUGAUGUGCGACCUUUGCACUCGCAACAAGAAGGUGUUCACCCACGAGCAUGAGCUUUUCACGACGGCCGAGCUGCGCAAGCAUGAAAAGCAUGGCGACGAUGUGCCGGGCGCCGUGGAUCAAAGUGGCUUCAGGGGACACCCCGAGUGUGGAUUCUGCCGUCAACGGUUCUACGGAGACGACGAACUCUAUGCUCAUUGUCGUGAUCGCCACGAACGAUGCCACAUCUGCGACCGACGGUCUAGUACUCGCCAGCAACAGUAUUACAUCGACUACAAUGCGCUUGAAGAUCAUUUUCAGAAGGACCAUUUCCUAUGCUUGGAUAAAGAGUGCUUGGACAAGAAGUUUGUGGUGUUCGAGUCGCAAAUGGACCUGAAAGCCCAUCAGCUAGAGUGCCAUCCCAACGGACUCUCCAAGGAUGCCAGGCGUGACGCACGGGUCGUGGAUCUUUCGGCGUUUGACUACAGGUCGCCCUACCAGCCCCAGCGACAACGUCGUGGUGCCGGUCGAGGACGCGAUCCAAACUCCGAUGCGCUGCCCGUAUCCUCCGCGCAACCACUGCGAAGAGACCAGAUGGCCUACCAGCGACAAAUGGCUAUCCAGAGCGCGCAGUCCGUGUCCACCCGCAGCUUUGGGGGUCAGCUCUCGCGCAACGACACUCAAACCGUGCACGCCCCGGCUCGCUCCGCGGGCGCGACUCCUGUCCCAACGCCGCCGGCUGCGUCCACCCCCGUGGCCGAGAUGGAGCACCUCAGUCUGACAACCGACUCGGCAUCGGCCAAUCCUCAGGAGCAGGCCCGGCGCAUGCGCCACGCCGCCGUCAUCGAACGAGCCUCGAACCUCUUGGCGAAUGACCAGACCAAGCUCAAGGAAUUCCGCGCCAGAGUCUCCAGCUUCCGCGCCUCGACCAUCUCUCCCACCGAACUCAUCGACGCCUUCUUCUCUCUCUUCGAUACCUCUUCUAGCGAGCUCGGAAAACUGGUCAAAGAGCUCGCCGAUAUCUACGAGGAUAGCGGCAAACGGAACUCCCUCUUAAAGGCAUGGAAUGACUGGCGAGCCAUCAACGAAGAUUACCCGGCCCUUCCGGGACCCGGCGGCGUCCUUCCGGGCAUGUCGCCUGGCACGGUCAACGGCAGCGGCGUUGGCGGCAAGCGCGUUCUUCGUCUGAAAUCGUCAACUGCGCAGUCCUCUCGCUCGGCCGUUGGCCGAAGUGGUGCAUUGCCAUCCUCCGCCUCCUCCGCCAAUCCCUUUCCUCCUCUCUCCUCCUCCGCCUCUCGUUCGGCUCCUCGUACCGCCCCUUCUUCAUCCGCCACCACCCCCUGGGGCACGACGGCUGCCGCCCCGAAGCCGUCCUCCAGCGGCGCCUCGUCUCGACCGGCCCCGUCCUCGACGUCGUCGCGCCCUGCGAACCCUAGAAGCACCGAGGCCUUCCCGGCUCUCCCGGCCGCUGCGAAACCCAACGUCCUCAUGGCCGGUCUCACGCGCGGAACGGUGCGCUGGGACAAUCGCAACCCUGCUCCGGUGAAUGCCUGGGCCUCGGCCUCGGGGGGCGAUGUCGGCCCCGACGGCGCAGAGUUUGACAUCGGGGAGUCCUCUGCUGGCGGGGGUAAGAAAGGGAAAGGGAAGAAGGGCAAACAGACGCUGUUCCACUUCGGUUGAUGGUGUAUCUAAUCAUCUCUCCUUGCUGUUGAACAAAAGUCGCAUUGUGUUUGGUUUAGCUUCGUACUUGAGCGAUUAGAAUAGAUACACUUAUAGUUGAAGG